CAGUAUCAUGGUUUCUGAUGUACACAUGUAUGGGAUAUUUUAGGAUGUGGUGACUUAUGAUGAUGUGAAUGUGAACUUCACUCAAGAAGAGUGGGCUAUGCUGGAUCCUUUACAGAAGAGUCUCUACAAAGAUGUGAUGCUGGAGACCUAUAAGAACCUCACUGCUAUAGGCUGCAACUGGAAAGACCAUAAUAUUGAAGAACAUUUUCAAAGUUUCAGAAGACCUGGAAGGCAUGAAAAAAGUCGUACUGGAGUGAAACCCUCUGAAUAUUCUCACUGUGGUAAAGCCUUUGCAUGUCACAGUUAUCAUCAAAGGCAUGAAAGAAUUCAUACUGGAUAGAAACCCUCUGAAGAUAUUCAGUAUAGUGAAGACUUUGUACAUCACAGACAUCUCCAAAUACAUAAAAGAACACAUUCUAGAGAGAAACCCUACAAAUAUGACCAAUGUGAUAAAGCCUAUUCACAACAUAGUCAUCUCGGAGGACAUAAAAGAACACACACUGGAGAGAAACCUUAUGAAUGUAAGCCAUGUGAUAAACUUUGCAUACCAUUCUCAACUUCAAGAUUGUGAAAUAAUUCAUACUGGAG